AUGAGCACCCUGGUUCGCGAGAUAUUCGACACGGACAAGACGCGAUACUUUAUGUCGAAGCAGAGCAAAAUCGAUCAAUUCUGCGCUCGGUCCAAAGACCGUGAUGGUGUUAGUUGUAGUGGUAAUGGUAGUGGUGGUGGAGUAAGAUUGCAACAAGUGCGAUUGCGAAAUUCCAACAUAUCAUGUCCCACGAGCGAUCCACGACGAGUCUUGUUCACGCGUGAAGAAUGGCGUGCUGCCCUACGUGGCUUGAAGCUAGCGUUCCCCGUGUCUUUAACUUGGUGCCAACUGAAUGAAGAUGAAAGUAGCGGAUGUUUACUAUGGGACAAAGCUGGCGAGAGCAUGAUUCUAAGUCACGAAGAAUCUAUAGAGCUUUACAAUCGAUAG